UUGUGAAUUAGAUCACUUCGGAAUUUUUCAAAAUUUAAAAAUUCGUUAAAAUCUAGAGAACAUUCCCAGAUUGAUGACCAGUUACAGUGCCCGUUCUUAAUAUUCAACAUUUAUACUGGAAUCAAUUUUUUAAUUUAAAAAGCUUUUAAUCAUAACAGCAGAUAUAAUCUAUAUCUAAUUCAGUGUAGCUUGAACUAAUUCAUCAUUCAUCACAGAUAAAAUCAGAGUUGUAAGUUUAUCUUGCUUUUUAAAAUUCGCUGAAAAUGGCAAGAGGACAACAAAAAUUACAGUCACAGCAGAAAGCCCAGGAAAAGCAGAAAAAGGAAAAGAAGGCACAGGGACACUCGCUAGCAAAUCAGAAAGCAGCUGCCAGCAAAGCAUUAACCAUCAAGUGCACCGUUUGUCUAUCCUUAAUGCCUGAUCCGAAAACCUAUAAACAACAUUUUGAGAACAAGCACCCGAAAGUAGAAUUGCCAGCAGACUUAAAAGAUGCUUAAAAGAUUAAUAUAAAUUUGAUAAAUCACCGAAACGAACAUGCUUCAAUAAAUUUUUUAACUGUAA